AGCGCGUUCCCCAUUGGAUUAACCCACCACCGUGCCUGGCCCGGCGUGGAGUGCGGAGUGGAGUGCCGAGUGACCAAGUGCUCAGUGUGCGAGUGUGUGAGUGUGUGUAUGUGUGCCGUGUCGUGGGUGGGUCUGGGAUUUUGAGGCCCGCCCGCGUUGGAUCGUACGCGAGCGUCACGGCGGAAGCAAGAGGUGACCGCGCCGGGUGCGCCGUUCGACGCCGGUGCUGGAGCUGCAGCGGUCGACUGGAUGACACAAUGAGGGAAUUUGUUUUCUUCCUGCUGGCAGCCGGCCUGCUGGCGAUACUCCCCCGCCCUGGAGGGGGCACGUCCACCGAAGCUCCAAAGAUGCUGGCGUCCACGUCGCUGCCGCUGGUGGCGGCGCGGAUGAACGCGGCGGCGUACCGCGUGGAGGCGGAGCCCAUCGGCAGCCACAGCGUGCAGUACACGUACGUGGCCACCACGGCCGGCGCCAACAUCAACACCACGGGGUCCUCGACGUCCUCGACGGACAGCGCCGCGUCCGCCAGCUCCUCCAUCGCCAAGCGGCUCGCCGACGACGAGGACGCCGACGUCGUGGAGUACAAGGAGUACCAGGGUGUGAUGGGGCGGCCCGGCGUGGACUUCCCCGUGCUGCCCUCCAUCCCGCAGACCAGCUUCAGCUGCAGGAAAGUGAAGGGGGCGGGCUACUACGCCGACCUGGAGACGGACUGCCAGGUGUUCCACAUCUGCGACGGCGGCCGCAAGAUCUCCUUCCUGUGCCCCAACGGCACCGUGUUCCGCCAGUCGCACCUCAUCUGCGACUGGUGGUUCAAGGUGGACUGCGCCGAGUCGGAGGGGCUGUACGAGUCCAGCGCCGAGCAGCUGGCCGUGGACCAGGGCGCGGUGCGCGAGCGGCAGCAGCAGCAGCAACAGCAGCGCGCGGCACAGCUCGCGCCGUCCACGCCGAGGACGGACUCGGCCUACACCAGGAUCAUCGGCAGCACGGAGCGCCGCCACAGCCCGCAGCCCACCGCGCCCACCAGCUUCAGCAGCAGGCCGCCGUCAGCGCCGUCCGGGCCGUCCAACGGCGGGGGGUUCUUGUCCACCAGCAGCAGCGGCAACUUCUACGACGCGCUCAACAGCAACAACUUCCAGUCCACGGCCAACCCCGACAGCGAGCGCGGCUCGCGCACCUUCCACGGCCAGACGGCGCCGGGCGGGGACGGCUUCACCUUCAACGGCAACCGCAACUUCCUGCAGAAGCAGCAGCAGCAACAGCAACAGCAGCAGAGCAGGUACGGCAACAGCAACCUGCAGACCUUCGUCACCGGGCCGGGCGGCCCGGGAAGGCAGCAGGACGCCGGGGCCUUCGGCAGCCGCAACCGCGUCUCCCCCACGUCGCCGACCUCCACCACGACCUUCGCCACGUCGUCCACGGCCUCGUCGGCCUCGUCACCUGCCGUGCCGCGCGGCCGCGGCGUGCAGGGCCAGUUCCGCUUCAACAAGAACGCCCAGGACCAGGACGACGGCGGGCGCGCGCGCAACAGGGAGACGUUCGCCACGGCGGAGUCCAACGGGCCGCGGACGUCCACGCGCGGAGGCAAGGACGACGAGCCCAACUACCCGCCCGGCGUCAACCCCUACCUCAAGGUCACCAGCACGCCGCAGCUGCAGCCCAAGAAGAAGCAGCAGCAGUACUCCAGGCCGACGGCCGGCGACGACCACCACCAGCAGGACCCCCAGGAGCGGCAGCAGCUCGCAGAGACGGCUUCCUUCGCCACGGGCCGCGGCUCCAGUCGCUUCAGCUUCGGCAUCGGCCACCCGCUGGAGACGCAGUACAUCGAGGCGCCCAGCUUCGAGUCCCGCGUCGUGUCCGAGGCGCCCAGCCAGUUCAGCCUGGCCUCCACCACGCCCGCCAACAUCUACCGCCUGCAGGCCAACAGCAAGACGUACGCCGAGAUCAAGCGGCAGCGCAACCUGGACCAGCAGGCCUCCACCACGGCCAACCCCAACGGCCCCACGCCCUUCUACCGCAAGUACCAGAACUCGCUCCGCGCGCGCACCGCCACGCCCGACGACGCGCUGAACCCUGCCACGCCGACGUACUCCACCAAGUACGUGGAGCUGCAGCGGUCGCGCACGGCCUCGUACAGCAGCGUGGCCCCGACGACCCCGACCUCGGCCGCCACGCCGGGGCAGUCGCUGCCGCCGCAGCAGCCCACCAGGGAGAGCGUUCGCGAGCCGCCCACCACGCGCUACAUCACCCUGGCCAGGAUCAUCCCCAAGCCGGCGCGGCAGGCCUCGGCCACAACGGCGGCAGAGGCGCCCACGGAACAAGCAACGACCGAGGCCGGAACAACCGCCACCACGCAGCUCGAGGAAGCCGGCACUGCCGCCGGCACCACGGCCUCGGACACCAGCGCGCCGGGCGUCACCCUGCAGCACGCCUCGCUGCGCACUCUGGAGCUCAGCGCGCCUUCGCCAGAGGGUGAGGAUGCCGCCGCCAACCGCAACGGCAGCGCCGUCGCGGCCUCGGCCUCUGGCACCUCGGGCCCCGGAUCCCUGCAGUCGCUUGCGCUGUACUUCGCAGAGCCGGAGGACGAGGUCGAGAACACCGCGGCCACAGACUUACCCACCACUGCUCUGCCGGCCGAGACCGCCACGCCGGACAAGAUCUCCAUCUCGGACGUCCUGCUGCUGCCGCACGCCAACGGCGUCAACUUCACCGACUUCACUGCCAACGGCCAGGACAGCGAGCCGGAGAACCUGCCCGCCUCGCUGACGCAGCUCACCAAGGACUCGUACUCGUCACUGUUCGCGGAGACAGAAACGCCGAGCACCACCACCACGGCCCCGUACGAGCAGACCACCACACCGUAUUCGCUAGACCUGCUCGCCGAGAACAAGCCCACCAUCAACCUGAACCCCAGCAACGACUUGCGCAGCGAGCAGAGCAGAGGCAUCGUGGAGCCCGAGCGGCCCGAGGUGGAGCUGUCGAACGCCAUCAACAAGGAGACCAAGGACCUGCCCAACAUCGCGGACAACGCCGACCUCCGCGAGCUCGCGCAGGUGUUCACGCGCGCGCUGUCGGCCUACUUGGAGGACCCCGAGUCCUUCCGGAAAGUCCUCGCCGAAGUCCGGCCCACCGAGCCGCCCCCGUCGUCCACGACCGUCAGCCCCGACGAGGACUCCGCCGAGACCACCACUGCUUCCACGGAGUCGGCCUCGUCCUCGUCGGACCCCAGCGUGACCACGACCGCGGACGAGGCCUCCGUCACGAAGGAGAGCGACGAGGUGCUGGAGUACUCGGACGUGACCAACAAGGGCGGCAGCGGCGGCGCCCGGAAGAGCAAGCUGUACGAGGUGACCCCGGCGGGUCCGGCGCCCUACCUGCCCAUCAUCUUCGCCACCACCACCGUCACCGAGGCGGCCACCACCUUGCCGCCCACCGUGCCCACCGCGCCCACCGCGCCCACCGCGCCGCAGGAGGCAGGCAGCACGCAGCCGCCACCGCCCAACCCUCUCGCGGCCGGGGACUUCCCCGCCAUCGACCUGGAGGCGCCGCUGCAGCGCCUGGAGUCGCUGCUGGACUCGCAGAGCCGCUACUACUCCUCGCUGCAGGGCAAGACGGCGCCGCCCACCGUGGCGCCCGACUCGGCCAACUACACCUCCAUCGCCGCGGACGUCAACAGCCUCAUCGCCAUCCUGAGCGCGCUCAACGAGAGCUGGACGGGGCCGCCGUCUGGGCCGUCCGGGCCGUCCGGGCCGUCGGCGCCGUCCUCUGACGACGUGUCGUACUUCCCAACGGCCGGGGGCGUCCAGGACGUCGGGCUGCCGCGCUACGGCGGCUUCCAGAACAACUCCAAGUACAGCCCCUACGGCGCGGACGUGCUGCGCGCCAGGGGCGUCACCCCGCCCGGCGUCACCACCACCCCCGCAGCGCCCUCGCAGACGGACGCGACGACAUCACCGCCGCACACAGAACCCACCACGGCACCGCCCACGGGCAAGCACGAGAUUCCCAAGGAAAACCUGGAGAAGAUCGACAACGCCCUCGGAUCCUUCGUCCCCGAGGACUUGAACCAGCUCGCCGUCGUGCUGCCGCACCAGCCCGACAACAGCACCGUGCAGCUCAGGUCCGCGUCGCUCACGGCGCCGUCCGCCCCGUCGGCGCCCACCGCCACCGGCAGCAACGCCGUCGGCGACCCAGUCCUGGUUGCCGCGGGCAGCCAGUCGUACGUGGCCAGAGACAAUAACUUGGUCUCGACCACGCCCAAGCCCGUCGCGAAGCCUUCCCCCAAGCCCACGCCCAAGCCCACCACGCCAAGAGCAGCUACGGCCAAGCCUACCCCCAGGCCCACCACUCGACCCACCCCCAGGCCCACCCCCAAGCCCGUGUCCAAGUCACUUCCCAAACAGCAGCAAACCACGACGCGGUCGCCGCGCCCCGCAACGCAGGCGGCGAAGGCCGCGACCAAGCCCCCGUGCAGACCCUCAGGACCCUCCGCGCCAGAGGCACCCUCCAUCCCCGCCAGUACGGUGGGCCCCACCAAGAAGCCCAAGUACACGGGUCCCUUCUUCGUCACCCCCACGCACACACCCGCGGCGUCGUCCACCGUCGCCGUCAGAGCGAGGCUGCCACCCACCGCUCCAAGCCCCACGACCUCCAGCACGACCACGACGACGACAACGACCACCACCACGACGCCGAGGCCGCCGCCGCCAACAACCACCCCCACGCCGACGACGCAGGAGGUGCGUUUCCGCGGCGCCAAGUACCUCACGACGCCUGAGACACUGACUUCCAAGCCAACCAAGGCGCCGGGCCAGGUGCCGGUGACGGUGGCGCAGGCCAAGCUGCUGGCAAAGCCUACCGUCCCCGCGCCGUCGUCCGCGUCCAGGCUGCUGGAGCAGUCCCUCGACACGACGAGGACGCGCUACCGCGUCAACUUGCGCUCCGGGAAGGCCACCAACUUCGACUUCAACAAGCAGCAGCAGUUGCAGCCGCAGCAGCCGAAGCGACUGCCCUCCGAGGACACGCUCAACGCGCACAAGCCUCUCAACCCGCUGUCGAUCAACUACGAGCUGACCACGUCGCCGACGACCAGGGCGCAGAGCGUGUCGCAGAGCGUGGCGCGCGCCACCGUCCCCGUCACGACCACAUCGGCCGCACCGUCUACCACCACGGCGUCAACCAUCACGACGUACCACCCCAGGAUGCCCCUGUCCACCUCCCCAAGCAGCAGCACUUCAAGAAGCAUGGUGCCGCCGACGGCGCCCCCAGAGGACAGCCAGAGCAGCACUUGGGUGCUUCCCUCCGACCCCACGGCCGCGCCGUCGUCCACCGUCAGCACCAGCAGCCACCCCCCGGCCACGUCAACCCGAACCGUGCCGAGAUCCACGCCGACGGGCUCCGUGUCCAUGUCGGUCACCUCGAGCGUGAGCACGUCCAGCGGCAAGCAGGCGGACGCCUCGUCGGCAACCACGCCCAUGGCCAUGAACCGCACCAUGGUGGCGGCCGCGGAGGCCAUGUUCGGCCACCUCAACGCGACCAUGGCGGACAUGCUCAUGGAUAUGCUCAAGGAGGCCGAAACCAACAUGACGAUCCGGCGGCUUGUGCUGCUGCUCGUCAACAACAACAUCAACGACCAGCGGGGAGCGCAGGAAAACGCCCAGGAGGUCCGCGACCAGCUGCUGGAGGCGCUGCUCAGCACGGGGCAGGGCCGGCAGGGCCACUCCGCGAGCACGACGCCCUCCACGACGACGACCAGCACGACGACGACCUCGAAGCCCGAGACCGCCGCCACGAGCGUCCCCGUCAGCAGCAGCGCCGCCUCGGCCAAGAGGAAACACUCGCGGCUCGUGGGCAGGACGGUCCACAAGACCGUCAAGUCGAGCACUAUUUCCACCAGCGAGUCGUCGUCGACGUCGUCUGCAGCAGCGCGAGUGCGAGACCGUGCUGCUUCGACCACCACCACGUCGACGACGACCAAGAGGCCGACCACACUGAGCACGGCGGCGACGACGUACACGGCCUUCAUCACGGACCCGGUGUUCUCCACAGUGCUGCCGCAGUACGGCAGCAAGAAGCCCACCAGUUCGGAGGAGCUGGCGCUGGCCUCGUCUGACAGCAGGGCGGUGGAGCUGCUCAGGUCCUUAUACUCACUGGCCGCCCAGUGGGGCUGAGGGAGUUGGUGGUUGGUGACGUCAUGUUGAGGCAAAAUUUAUGGUGGUAGUGCUAGGACGUUUCGACAUGCUCUAAUAAUUAAAAUUUCCCAGAGUCUUUAGCACGUGUUAUGCCACAUGAAUUUUGAGUCACUGUGACGUCAAUGCUGUUUGGUUCCUUUGGAGAAAAAUGCUACUUUCGUUGCAUGGUUACCUACCUGAUGCCAAAAACACAAAAGUUUUGAGUUGGAGACUUCCUAGGGCGAAGAGUGUCCAAAUUACAGAGGCACAAUAUUAUGUAGUAGUUUUCAUUAUGUAAUGUGAUAUGUACUUUCGUUUCAACAUGUGUCAACAGUAACAGUAUUAUUUUAUUUUCAAUAAUUUUGAUGUCAUUUGUGGAGGUAAACCAAUGACAGUUUACUCUACAAGGAUCAAGUUUGUGCAAGGCCUUUUCAUUUUCUUAGAUACUGUUUCCAAUAGAAGAACUUAAGCGCAAAGAGCCAAAGGGUUUGUGAAGGGAGGGGAGGGGUGGGGGGUUUUGAACUGAGAGUUACCCUAUCAUUGUCAUGUGAGAUGUGCACCUCUUGAUGGCUGCAUAUCUGAGUUGAAAUUUUAAGAUUAUUACAAUGAGGUUAAGACUAAAUAAUAAAUCUUAUUUAUGCAGAGAGAUUUUUUUACUCGAGACUGCGUCUCUUGAACUAAGCAAGGUAUGUGUAUAAUAUUCUUGAAAGGAUGUUGGUCCAAUGAGGACAAGAACAGUUCCAGAGGAUGAUCAGGUCAUUUCCUGGAGUGCUCUGGAGCAAAAUCAAAUGUUUGUAAAAAAAAAUUGUGACGUGUACAUAAGUAACUGAUAAGUUUGCAGAAAUAUGAAGUCAUGCUCUGGAAGAGCACAAUUUGUGGAGGAGGCCAUUUUUGUUAUUUAUUCAGCCAUACUAGAUCUGCCUAGAAUCCUCAAGGCACUCGUUGUAAGUAUACAUACAACUUACAAUGUUUUUACACUAUAAAUAUUUGGCUUAUAGGAUAAAUUCAAUCAACUAGAUGUGUGCUUCAGAAGCGCAGAGCUCAUUAUUUCAUUUUUUACCCAACGUUUAACACUGUGAUUAAUGGCAUAGUAAAUAAUUUUUAAAUACCUAAUAGCAGUGUCAACCAUGACAAAAAUGAUCUUUCUUUAAAAAAAUAUCAUUAAUUGGCAAACGAGGUGUAAGAGUUAAUUACAAUGUCAUUGGCUGUAAGAAAAAGAGGAUCUCGUAACUUUUUGAAGUGAUUGUUGAUUCAAAAUGGCAGCAAGCACAUGCUUUGGAUAAAAUAUAAUUUCCUUGUCAAAAGCUGACGCAAUUUAGUUACCCAACUUGGGUCCGAAACCAACAAGUUUACAAUUUUAGAAUGUGGAAAGG